GUCGCAGGCCCACGGCUCCGCCAGGCGCGAGGGACUCGGUCUGGGAGGCGUCGACAUGCCUGCAGAGCUCGGCGGAUCUACUCGAGAUGCCCACCCUGCAGCUGUCGACCCUCGAACGAGGACGUCCAAGACGCCGCGCACUCGGCACCUCGCCUCGCACUCUUCGCCUCCUUCGCUCGCCCCUUUCGCCGCCUCGCUCAACCCGGCCGCCCCUCCUCCACCUGCCGCACCGCCGAGUCGAGUUCCCGGUCUCGGUACUCCCUCGUCGACCGCCGCGGCAGCGCCCACGUCGACGACCAUGUCGUCCUCGUCGAAGCGCCCUCUCGCCAAGCAGCUCUCGAGCGGCCUCAUCUCGUACCCGAUGGUCGCCCGCAUCGACUCGACCCCGACUUUUACGCCUGCUCCCGAGGUCCCACCCAUACCGAUCUCGCACCCAUCGUCCAAGGUCGCACCGCCUUCCGCCGCCACCUCAAAGGUCGAGGUCAAGAAGGUCGUCCGAGGUCGCCCGCCGCCGAUCAAGGUCAACGGCACCCAGUCGGGCUCGUCGUUCCUCAGCCCGUUGAAGAGCCGGUUCAGCCGAGGUGGCAAGGAGAAGGAGGCGGCCCCGGCGCAGGACGAGGACGACGAGGACGGCCGCAGCCGCAGUCGGUCGAGGAGGAGCAAGGUUGACACGCUCAUCGCCGAGAACGAGGCCGCCAUCAAGGCCGCAUUCCCUGACGUCGUCUCGGCCGCCGCGCCGGCAGCAGAACCCUCGCCCGAGGCCGACCUCGACAUCACCAUGCCGCGCAAGAACUCGGCCUGGGACUCGAGCGCGACCGACAUCCUGCUCGAGCGAGCGCGAGCAGCCGACGAGGCGGCGACGACGGGCAUCGCGCUCGGUUCGCCGUUCCACGACCUGUCGUCCUCGGCGCCGGUCCAGUCGAGCGUCCAGCCGCCUCGGCCCGCGCACCGUCGUGGCACGUCGGACGAGUCGCCCCGAAUCGUCCAGGACGCCUUUGCCCGCAUCGCCGACCUGUACGACGACCGCUCGCGCUCGUCGGCCACGUACUCGUCGCGCACCUCGACGACGGCAAACUCGCGCCGCCCGUCGGCCGUCUCGGCGGCGACGUCGUCGGCGCUCAAAGGACGUGAGCGGCCGCGCAGCGUCCAGCCGCCGAGCAAGCCGCCGCUCGGCACCGUCGCAAAGGUCGACGACGCCUUCUUCCCGCCGACGGCCGGCCCGUCGACUGCGCCCUCGGUCACGCCGUCCAUGUCUCGUCGCCCGUCGUCGGUACCUCGCGCGCCGCUCUCGACGAGCAACUCGAUCGGCAUCAGCGUGCGCGAGGGCGCGGCGCCGGCGCCUCGCGAGGUCGCGCGGGCAGCGUUCGGCGCCGACGGCCUCACGGUCAGCCUGCGCAGCUACCACCGCCCCGAGGAGCUCGAGGUCGGCUGGGUCUGCCUUCCCUGCGUCGACGACGAGGGUCGCCCGUACACGUCGUGGGAGAUCCGCCUCAAACCUCGCGCGAGCGGCGCGGCCCCGGUGGUCCCGCCGCUCCAGUCGUCAACCUCGUCGCUGCCCGAGCCGCCCCGGGCGCGCACGCCGAGCACGAGCGCCGCGACGUUCCUCAACUACCGCAUGAACGCGUCGUCGUCGACCGCACCCGCCGUCGCCGCCGACCCGUCGGGCAUGUACCCUCCCACCUCGGCUCCCUCAGCGCCGCCUUCCCGUCGCCCGUCUCAGCAUCACUCGCCGACGACGCCGACAAGCGCAGCGGCCCCGCGCAAGCUGUCGGGCCGGUCCGAGGCGUCGUCCUACGGCGGCUCGUUCUCGUCCGACUCGUCGUACAUGACGACCCUGAGCGGCGGCCGCCGGCCCAAGUUGUCCGUCUCGUCCAUCGCAACGACGAUGACCGAGGGCCUGCCGCCGUUCGACCUCGAGGCGAUCCAGCGCACGUGCUACUUCGAGGAGGGCGACGUGUUCCGGUCGGGCGGCAGCAGCGGCGGCCCGCCGCGCACGAACCGCUCGUCGUCGUACGCGCCGGGCGCCGAGGGCUUUCCUCGCGCUCGCCAGUUCUCGAUCGACGAGGAGGGCAUCAUGGGCCGCGCCGCGUCGUUCUCGGUCGGCCACGGCGUCGCGCACCGCCCGAGGAGCCUGCGCCAGCACCGCUUCGGCGCCUACGUCCCGCCCGUGUCGCAGAGCGGCGGCGUCGACUUUGCGCAGCUCGCGCAGCAGGCCAGGCGCCAGAGCUCGAUGGCGCACGAGGGCGCCAUCGAGGGCCACGAGGACGACAUCACGAUGGGCCCGACGACGCCGUCGGCCGAGCGUCGGCUGCGCAAGCCGUCCCUCGCCGACGGCCUCCCUCCUCCUCCGCCCAUGCCGUCGCUCCCGCAGCUCGGCAACGACCACGGCGUCGCGGUGUCGGCCAAGAGCUUCCUGGCGGGCGCUCGCGCCGGCCGGCGCAAGCAGUCGAUCGCGCCGCCGGCGGCCCUCGUCCUCAAGCAGCACACGAGCGACGGCGGCAGCAGCGUCCUCUCGCCGUCGCUGGCAAAGGCGACGGCGCCGCCGACCCACCGCUCGCCGCUCGGCGGCGGACCGAGGCGCGCGAGUGACGUGUUCGGCCCGGCGGGCGACUUGCGCACGCCGACCAAGGCGUCGCGCGACGCUCGGACCCCGACUCGCCCGCACGCCUCGACGCCACCGCCGUCGCUCCCGCUGCCGAGCCUGCCCGGCUCGGGACCCGAGUCGCCAGCCCUCGACGCGGGCGGCGUGCGUCGUCGCUCGGGCUCGUCGUCCGGCUCGUCCUUCGUCGGCGGGCGCGCCGACUCGGACGUCGACGAGGACGCCGACGACUCGGAGGUCGAUCCCGAGGUCGAGGACGUGCAGAACGCGUCGAUCUGGAUGGCGCAGGCGCAGAAGCCGCCGUCGGCGCCGAGGCAGCAAGUGAGCCACUGGAGCGAGACGGACGACGACGACGACGAGCCAGAGUCGGUCGACAGCGAGUGUCAGACGAGCUGGUGCAAGGUACCGGACGCGGCGACGACGUCGGAGGAGGGCGAGGCCUGAGGGGCAGGAGGGGGCCGCGAGCUCAGCUGGACUGGGUGGCGCGGCGAGGAGGCGGACGGCCUCGCUCUCGGUGCUGUACCUAGCUCUCUCAUGUGUAGCUUUCUCUCCGCAUCGUUCUUGUGCAUCAUCUAUCUAUUCAUCGCA